GAGCGCGCGGCCGGCGGCGUCGCGCGCGGAACCGCUGUGGGCUGCUAGUCGGAGUCUCUCCCGGAGCGGCUGGUCUUCCUGCCGAAGCCCGGCCAGAGUAAUUUUAGAAAAUGCCCAGUAGAAAGUUUGCCGAUGGUGAAGUGGUUAGAGGCCGAUGGCCCGGGAGCUCACUUUAUUACGAAGUAGAGAUUCUGAGCCAUGACAGCAAAUCCCAACUUUACACCGUAAAAUACAAAGAUGGAACAGAACUUGAACUGAAGGAGAAUGACAUCAAGCCUUUAACAUCCUUUAAGCAAAGGAAAAGUGGUUCAACUUCCAGCUCUCCCUCCAGACGCCGAGGGAGCCGUCGUGGGAGCCGGUCACGGUCACGCUCCCGGUCCCCUGGAAGGCCACUGAAAGGUUCCAGAAGGUCUGCCUCUGCUUCUAACCAGGUCGACAUUAAGGACGUGAGGAGGGACAUUUUGGAAGUUAAAUUGACUCCGCUUGUCUUGAAGCCAUUUGGAAACAGCAUCAACAUAUACAAUGGGGAGCCUGAACACAUGGAGAAAAAUGACAUAUCUCGUAAAAACAUGCAGGAGAGGUUCAUUUUGUCACAAGAAAGCAGCCAUAUUGCUACACAGUAUAGCCUUCGUCCAAGAAGAGACGAGAUCAGAGUCAAAGAAACAGAUCCUAUGGAAGAAAAGCUUCUUACUAAAGGACCCACAUCGCUAAGAGCUUUUGAAGCGUCCACCCCUCAGAGGAAGGACUUGGAGUUUGGAGGAGGACCUGGUGCAUUCCUCAUUAUGCUUGGCCUGCCUGUCUUCCUGUUCCUGUUGCUGUGUAAACAGAAAGAUCCCAGUCUGCUGAGUUUUCCUCCUCUGCCAGCUUUGCAUGACUUGUGGGAGAUCAGAGUAUGUGGCAUCUACCUCCUCUGGUUUUUUGCACAAGCUCUGUUCUACCUCCUGCCAAUUGGGAAGGUUGUAGAAGGAACACCUCUUGUUGAUGGAAGAAGACUCAAGUAUAGAAUAAAUGGGUUCUAUGCUUUUAUCCUGACGACCGCAGUCCUCGGGGCAUCCCUCUUCUGGGGCGUGGAGCUGUACUAUGUGCACAGUCAUCUCCUUCAGUUCGCAUUUGCAGCCACUGUCUUCUCACUGGUCUUGAGUGUUUACCUGUAUGUUCAUUCUUGGAAGGCGCCCAGGGAUGAACUGUCACCUGCCAGCUCUGGAAAUGUGCUCUAUGAUUUCUUCAUUGGCCGUGAAUUAAAUCCUCGAAUUGGUAAUUUUGAUCUCAAAUACUUUUGUGAAUUGCGCCCUGGAUUGAUUGGAUGGGUGGUUAUUAAUUUGGCACUGCUUUUGGCUGAAAUGAAAGUGCAGGACCGUGCCUCUCCAUCCUUGGCAAUGGUUUUGGUUAACAUGUUCCAACUCCUGUAUGUGGUGGAUGCUCUCUGGAAUGAGGAAGCAUUGCUGACAACCAUGGACAUCAUUCAUGAUGGGUUUGGUUUCAUGCUGGCUUUUGGAGAUUUAGUGUGGGUCCCAUUCACUUACAGCCUCCAAGCCUUUUACUUGGUCAACCAUCCCCAUGACCUAUCCUGGCCAUUGGCUUCUGUCAUCAUUGCUGUGAAACUUUGUGGAUAUGUAAUCUUCCGAUGUGCAAACUCUCAGAAAAAUGCAUUCCGGAAAAAUCCCGCUGAUCCAAAGCUUGCACACUUAAAAACCAUUCAUACUUCCACGGGAAAGAACCUGCUUGUUUCUGGAUGGUGGGGCUUUGUUCGCCAUCCCAAUUACUUGGGUGAUCUCAUCAUGGCUCUGGCGUGGUCUCUCCCGUGUGGCUUUAAUCACCUCCUGCCAUACUUCUAUGUGAUUUACUUCACCGUGUUGCUCAUCCACCGAGAAGCCCGUGACGAGCGCCACUGUCGGCGGAAGUACGGCCUGGCCUGGGAGAAGUACUGCCAGCGCGUGCCCUACCGCGUCGUCCCCUACGUUUACUGAGCGCCUGCAAAAUGGGGAACAUCCACAACGAACUCGCUCUUGUUGCACUGACAGGAUCUCUACGUUUGCUUUUUGUUUUUUUUAACGUUUGCUUUUUGAGUCAGAACUAUAGAUAGAGCCACAUAGUAGACCAUUUAAUAUAGUUGUGUUUAUUUUUAUUAAGUUAUAACAAGAACAUAAGGAAAAAUGAAAUACUAAAAUUUGCAUUUUAGUAGAAAAAUUUUAAUCCCUAAAAAUCUGAAAAGCCUUACAAGUGCACUGAGAAGUAUAAUACGCUUAUAGAUUUUUAUUUCCUUUCAAAUUUUGAUUAUUUUUUCUUUCGGCCAUUUGGUUUUACUUAAAUGAAAACACUGUUAAAAAGUACAUUUGUGCUUCAUUGCACUAAGAGAAUAGGACUUUCAUUUGUUUCUCUUUUAAGUCAAUGACUAGUAUGGGCCUUAAAGUCAAAACAUGUCCUGUUUUGAUUAAAUACUAUAUGUGAAGAUUUAGGAAGGUUCCUUGUAGACACUUUUUUUUUUUUUUUUAAUUCACACACUGUUUAAGGAAGAUCAUCUGUCGCAUUUGGCUUAACCUCAGCUUUUAAACCUGCAUUUGAAAAUGUAAAUACAUGGCUUACUUUGAUGUAAUAUAUGGUGAUUUCAGAUAUUUCUGUACAGUAUUUUGAAUGUGAGAUAAUUUUCGGUAACUAAGUAGCUUUUUAACAUAAACAUUUUCAGUGUUUUAAGUUUUGUAAAAUACUACGUGUGAAUUUAAAAGUUUGAAGCAAUUAGAAUUCAUUUAUAUUGUAUAGAAGAAGGCAUUCAAACAUAGGAAAGUUAUUUCUCUAUCCAAAGUUUGUGAGUUUGGCUCUGCUACCUCAGUCUGCAGGUAUGUUUUUGCCUUUAUAAACUGUUGAAAUAGAAAAAUAUAUUUUUGGAAUAAUAUCUCUAUUUAAACAUUUUUACAAACAUUGGUAUUUGAAAACUUGCCAUUUCAGGCUACUAUUUUUAUAUUUUUUUGACUUUCUGAAUUCAGCAGUGUUUUUGCUGCUUAGCUCAUACAGUUUAUACUGUACUUUGUAUAUUUUUUUAUGCCUACAAAAUUCCCUUUAAGAAGUUUCAUCCAAAAAACAACUUAAUGUGUUAGUUUACAUCCACUUCUUUCUCUUAGUUUAAUAGAUACACAUAAGGUAGCUUUAGCCACUGAAGUCUAGUGAGGUUGAUGCGUCUCAUUACUGACUGAUGUAAUGGGGCAGGUGAUAGAUUCACUAAACUUUUGCAUUCAAAGUUAAAUUUCCUCUUUCUCUUUAACAUAAGGGAUGUAAUACAUAGAGUGGUGUAUGUCUAGGUUUUAAUUACACACUUCACAUGUGAGCCAUACAGAUGUGCAGUGUUCAUUCUGCCCUUCAGUUUCAAGUGUGACUUAGCUUAUGUUACAUGAUCAUGACGUUGGUUUGCUUUAAGCAUUCUGCAUCCUGUAAUCUUUAAACAUUGCUCUGGUGAAGUUGUUGUAGCUUUACUAGUACUGGUGUGCACACAGGUAUCUUUAUUACGCUUUUCUUCUGGUGUCACAGCAUGACGCCACGUUCUCUCGCCAAGGAAGCACUGGGGGAGUGCUUGCUUGGAGCAAGAAGACUUUGUUACCAGCACAGAGCUGUGCUUUCUGGAUACCAGGUGUAAUUUCCUUUUACUUUUGAAAGGCUUGUUUGGUAAGCUUUUAAUGAAAUUUCAAGUUGGAAUAAAGUUGAAGAUGAAAAAAUU